AUGUCAAGAUUUUCAUUCUUGGGCAUCAAGAUUUUCAGCAGUGAAGCAGAAAAACAAAUAAACAUAUUAUUUGAAAAUAAUGCAGACGCAUUAUCUGAUCAAAAAUCAAAGAAGUUGCGGUGUAUCGGUGCAUGGGAAGAAACUCAACUUCAGAAUAUUCGCCAACACGCAAACUACCAAAAACAGCUGCUUGACGAAGAAUAUGAAAAAGAAUACAACGAUUUGAAAGAACAACGUCAGAAAUUUAUUGAGACACUACUUAUACACGAAGCUCAGAAAAAUACUGAACAAAUUAAUCAAUUAAUUGGUUGUUGUAAAGCAUUGCAGUUUGAAUUACCCUCACUGAUCUUCAACGAACAGCUUACUCAGUUUAUUCAUGUAACAAAACAACAGUGGUCGAAUAGAAAAGAUGAUAAAUCAAAUGUGUUGAAGUCAACAGACAAUACAUCAAGACAAAACUCAUUAGUGAAUCAAAAUUAUGGGUCACAACAUGCUAAUAAUGGUCUUGUAAACUCAUGGCCGACGUCUACACCAGAAAACUCAACGCAAAUACAUACAAAGCAAUCACCGACGCAUUCUGAUGGUUACCACAGAAGUGGUACGAGUAAUGACAGUGAUCAUAACUUUUAUGAUGCCCAAGAUGAUAAGCUGCUUGUAAAAUGUCCUACAUGCUUUAUGAUAUUUCCGACCAGUAUGACAGCCUGCGAUCGAUCUCAGCACGUUCAAGAACAUUAUAUAGAUGAUUGA